GGCGUACAACCAGAUCACGUGACGUAUUUUAUCGCCAUGAUGGACAGUUGAAUUUUUUUGUAUCAAAGAAGCUGAAUUUAAAAUGGAAUCUCACCGAGCUGAAUCUCUUAUGGCAUCAUGACAGAGGUGGUCAACAAAUCAGAUGUGGUUCAGAAGCCGUGCAGCAGCAAUAAAAGAAUCCCCCAGAAUGUCACCAUCAAGAGAUCUGACGAAAUUAUCGCCAUGGCAGCGUUGUCCUCCAUUGGAAAUGUUGCUGCAGCUUCCAUUGACAGGAGCCACACACAGGAGGCAGCCGAAUCAUCAACCACUGCCGUAAAUACCUCAAAAACCAACCAAUUAAAUGAUAUAAAGACUGAAGAACCCAUCCCUAAUGUCAUUUAUGUGUAUGAUGGAUCAAAACUCCCACAGGUACAUGGUAGGGUGGAGAAAGCCAGUAUAUCAGGAGUGUAUCCCACCCCUCAUAAUGUAACAGUCCUCAAAGACGGAGACGGGAUUGGUGUCAGUAGUGACCCUCAGGUCAUCACACCAAUAGCCAAUCAGAUGGUGGUCAGCAAAGAAGUCUUCAAAUGUGGGGAGUGCAAGUAUUCCACCCACAACCGCAGCUACCUGAAGCAGCAUGUAGAUCUGAUCCACAAUGCUGUGAGGCUGUACAAGUGUCCAUUCUGUGACUAUGCUGGAAAGAGGAGUCACUCAUUAAGGGAGCACCUUAUUGUUCACUCCAAUGAAAGGCCAUACACUUGUCCCCAUUGUAAUGCCACUUUCCGCAAGAAAGGCCACUUGACAAAUCAUGAAAAACUGCACAAAAAGUCAGUGAAGUGUCCCAUUUGUACAGAAUGGUUUCAGAGUUCAGAGAUUGAGAAACACAUGUUAGAAAAGCAUAAUGCAAGGAAAUUUUUACUUUGUGACAUCUGCAAAUUUAUGGCUCUGGACGUUCCCACCUUUAACAAGCACAUGGAAUCUCACCACACAACGGAUGUUCAGAAGAAGCAGAUCGUGUGUAGCAGCUGUAAGACUAUGUGCCCUGACUACGAUUCUUUCCUAGAACAUGCUAAACUUCAUGAAAAUGAACUUGAUGAAGAACCAAAACAAGAUAUGUCUAAAACACCAAAAAAUGUCAUGAUCAAGUGCUCUGAGUGCGGGAUAGUGACCUCGGACCAGGAAUCCAUGAGGGCACACAUGUGGGUGCAUAUUAAUCCGUCGCUUAAAAAGGAAAUAAUGGUUCCUGAGGCACCUGAGAAAACUAUCAAGCAUACUGCCUACAAGUGCCUGGACUGUGACUUUACCUGUGAAGAAGCCAAAGUAUUUGUUGCUCACAUGGUGCAACACAAACCAGAUCUACAAAACAUUAUGCCUGAGCCAAAGAAAUCUCACACAGUUUUAGCCAGUGAAUCUCAAAUAUCUACAGAAAAAUCACCCACAAAACUAAUUUCUGAGAGCAGUGAGGAGGAUAUUGUUAUACUUUCUGGUUCAAGUCCAGCAACAAAACAACAGAUUGAAAAAUAUCUUGCAGAAAAAUUUUCUAGACCUACUGUUGAAAAAGAGGCAGUUAUAAAUAUACACCCUGUGAUUCAACAAGUAGUUUCAAAGCAAGUUCCCCAAGGCAGCCAGAGUAAUGCAGAACAAUUACCAUUUGUGCAUGACCAGUCAAAUGCCAAAUUUCGGUGCACAAUUUGUGGAUACACCUGCGACCAUCAGAGAACAAUAAAAGCACACAUCUGGAAACAUUCUGGAAACAAAGACAUCGAGUAUCCUAUGUUCAGGAAUGGUCCUCUAAGUGUUUAUGAAGAUAUGAGUGUUUCAGCAGUUAUGAAAGAGUACGUCAUCCCAGCAGAAAAGAUACCUACAAGUGGAUCUGAACCUGACCCGUCCAACACAGUCAGGGAGAAACCAGUGAAAAUGGCUGUCAGCCCGAUAGCCCCAGCAUUGGCCAGUAUGCUUGCUCAGAGAGCAAAGCAGAAACCAGAAGAAAUUAGCAAGAACUUACCUCAGCCAGAAAAGCAAAGAAAUAAAGUGAAAAAUGUGGACUUGAAUGUUCGUAAUAUACCAGGAACAGACUAUUAUGAGAUUAACAUUUGUACCAAAAAUCCAGAAAAAAUGGAAGUAAGCAUUGAACAGAAACAGGACAUGGGUCAAAAGAUAUACAGUUUUGAAGACGUAGAAAUGCAUGAGGCCACCAAACAAGGAGUUGUUGAUUCUAGGCCAGUAGUGGUGGAAAGUGUGGAUACAUUAUCAUCUUUAUCAACAUACACAGGAAUGAGAAGUGGUGAGAGCAGUCCAAAGUCCACCGUCCCUGAAGACACUGCGAGUGAAGACCAAGAUUCAGGUGUUGCCUUGGACUCUUCUUCACAGGUGGAAGCAGAUGCUCUGAAUUCCAACCUGGCAGAAAACAGAAAGAACAACAAGACAAUGGAGGUAUUCCACCACUGUUCGGAUGAGUUGCAGACGGUAGAGUGUGAGGUUUCAAGUGGAGAUGGCCCUAGAAGUGUGGAUGGUGAUGAUGAAGGAGUUACAGAAGAUGAAAGAUUGGAGGAAGUGCGGGAAAAAGCAGGAAGAGAGUCAUCCUCCAAGAGAAUGAGAACCACCUCUGUAACCACAGAAUCCGCAGUGACUCUCCUUUCACUGCUUCAGAAAGGCCCCAACAACAACCCAGCUUGUCCUGUGAAAGAGGAUAGCCAAAGUGAUGGACAACAAAACGCCAAAGGCAAAGCAGCUGAAACUGAAAGCUCCAAAAAAGGUGGCAUAUCCUCCUCAUUAUUAGCUGUUAUAGAGCAGCUCAGAGAAAGAUCUAGAGAACGUGAAUCACUGGAAGAUGAUUCAAUACUUCCACAAAAGCGAGGCACAAAGAGGAAAAUCAAAAGGGAAUCUGAGGAAGAUAUCAGUGUGUUGGAAAGUAUGGAUAAUGUGGAAAAGACAGAAGACUCAAAAUACAGAUGCAAACUAUGCCACUAUUCUCACUUGGACUCUUUUAUGAUAAGACAACAUAUGAGGCUUCACAAGGAAAAGAAGCCGUUUGAGUGUUCACUGUGCGAGUUCAUUGCCAUUUCAAGUGAAGAUCUACAAGACCACAUGAUAAAACACUGCAAAGUUAGAACCUACCAAUGCAAGUUGUGCAGCUCAGCAUUUAACUACAAGAGUCAGUUGCGAGCACAUAUGCGUGCCCAUAAUGAUAAAGACAUUUUUGUUUGCGAUGAUUGCGAUUAUGAAAGUAACAAUCCAGUCGCCUAUCGAAAUCAUGUUCGAGGGCAUGCUGAAAAGAAAUUGUACAAAUGUGAAGUUUGUGAAAAUCGUUUUGUUUCAAAGCAUGAUCUACGAACUCAUAAAAAGCUAUUGUGUGGCAAGAACAGAUCAUUUAGUUGUGAUGAGUGUGACUUUGUCGCCAUAGGUCCUCAAGAACAACGCACUCAUGCUAAGGUACACAACAAGGAAUUCAAGUGUGCAAAGUGCGAGUAUGUUACAACUAGCAUUACCCGAUUUCAGAGCCAUACAAAAACUCAUGAUGAGGAACCUAAAUCCCUGAAAUGCGAGCUUUGUGACUUCCCUGCUGUUUCCAGUAGAAGCUUAAAGUCUCACAUGAAACGUCACAUCAACGACCAACGCUUCGUUCAGCAGCCCCUGGAGCAGUACAAAUGUAACUUAUGUGGCUACGUUUGUCACCACCUGCCUUCCUUGAAGUCCCACAUGUGGCGCCAUGCCAGUGAUACAAACUAUAGCUAUGAGUUCACCAAUGAAGUGAUCAAUGCAGCAAUUGAUUAUGAUUGUCAAAUAGGAAACCGAGACUGCCAAGAAAUUGACAUAGCAGCAUUCUUUAACACGAUUAGACAGAAACUGAAAGAGAGGCUAAGGAAAGAGAAGACAGAUACGGAUAAUGAGCGUGCGAACCAAGCCGUGUGCUGGGUGACCUUCCGAUGUUGUCAGUGUGGCUUUGAGACAAUCAAUAAAGCGGAGCUGAACUUGCACAUGAAGAGUCAUUCUGAUGUCAUUCAGUGGACACUUCAGGUGCCGAAAGAAGAUGUCAAGAAAAUCUGACUGUUCCAUACUGAAACAGACAUGUGUAUUGAUAGUUGAGAUGUCUGCUAUCAUAACUUGAUAGAUACGGGUAUUUGUGGGGUUUUCAUGAAUCAGGGAACCAUGGCAUUGUAGUCAGUUUUAACACAUGUAAAUGUAGAAGUUUGUUAUAGUAUGUUAAUAUCUAGGGGUUAAGAUCUAUAUUUGAAUUUUUUGGCAGCCAUAGUAUCUGAGGAAGAUAGCAUAAUUUUAUUUUACUUAGCAUCCAUUAUUAGGUUUCUGUGUUUAAUAUCUGUCAUUGUUACAUGGUUCCCAUUUUGGAAUUAUCUUCAUGCAUAUCUUAAACAGGAAGUAUAUUUAUGGUGGACUUUGAGUGUUCCUACUUCUUACUAUCACGAACCUGCCGGUAAUCAUUAUCAUAUCUGUAUGAUGUAAUGUUAAUGUGUAUUUGGGGAUGGAUGAAAUAGAUCUCUAGCUUUUUUUGUUUUAUCUUUGUUUUGUUUUUUAGAUUAUUUUGUUCUGCCUGAGGUUGUGAAUCUGUGAAUAGGUGUAUGUGUAUUUCAGUUAAAGAAAUGUGUGGGAGGGGCUGUUAUAAGUACCAUUUAUUUGUAUGUACCUUGUAAAUGAUUAAAUGAUGCCUUGGUCAUGACACUGAUCAGCUGUUUACCUACCCCCACAUCACUUACAUCUUGUCUUGUCAAGAAUUCCUUGAUGCACAGUCAAGUUUUUUUUCUCCGAGAAAACUAGCACUUUACAGUUUACAGUUACUACAAGUAGUUAUAGAGAUAUUGAAAAUUGGCCU